UGUGUAAAUUGCUCUAUAUAUAUUUUGUAGCCAUCUCAUCCCUACAAAUGUUAGUUUCUGGAAUCAUCCUCGCAUGCAGUGGAACACCUGUAUCCUCCGUUUUCUUGUUCUAAGAAAUCAACAAAACAAACCAAAUUUACUGCUCCAACAAUUAACGCUUAUUUCAUAUCCGAUAACACAGAAGAGAAAAAAAUUAAACAAAAAAUGUCAAAAAUCCCUGACGAUAUUGUCUCCGACGUUCUUCUCCUCCUUCCUGUCAAAGCUCUUCUCCGUUUCCGUUGCCUCUCCAAACCCCUUUGCUCCUUAAUCGACAGUCCUGAUUUCAUCGACCACCACCUCUCUCAUUCCUUAAAAACCAGAUCCAAUCUCUUCCUAAUUCUCCGCGACUGGAAUCUCUACACCCUUGAUUUCGAUUCCCUCUCUUCCGUUUCCCCCGCCGCGGCAGAUGUCCUCAUCCAUCCUUUACAGAAAGGUGGCGGCACAGAAGCUGUGGGUUCGUGUAAUGGGUUGUUAGCAUUGCGAAACUCGGAGCGAGAUCUCGCAUUGUAUAACCCAGCAACCAGAAAAUACAAAAGAGUGCCAGUUUCUGAGAUUGAACCUCCAGAUAGGAAUUCGAAAACUGGGUAUGUGUUUUACGGGUUUGGUUUUGAUUCUGUUAGUGAGGAUUAUAGACUUGUUAGAAUGGCUACUUUUGUUGGGGAAGAUGAUAGGUGUGAGUCUUUUGAUUAUGAAUAUCAAGUUCAAGUUUAUAGCUUGAAAAAUGACUCUUGGAAGAGAAUCAAGGGUUUGCCUUAUUACCUUCGGUUUUUAUAUAAGCCUUUUUUUCAGGUUUUACACAGGAGAGGAUAUGGUGUUUUUGCUUGUAAUGCUUUGCAUUGGGUUAUGCCUCAUUGGCCUGAACUGGGUGUCAAUAAUUCCAUUAUUGCUUUUGAUAUUGUGAACGAGACGUUUCAACAAGUGCCUCAGCCGAAUUGGUCCGAUAAUCAGUUGAAUUUUCAAGUUGAUGCUGGAGUGUUGGAAGGGAGGUUAUGUGCGAUGUGUAAUUGUGGACAUGAAUGUAUUGAUUUGUGGGUGAUGGAGGAGUAUGGUGUGAAGGAGUCUUGGAUUAAGUUGUUUUCGUUUCGGCUGUCCAAAUCAAUGAGUAAUUUAAUGUUUUUAAGACCUUUGUGUUACUCGAAAGAUAGGGAGAAUAUGCUAUUAGAAGUGAAUGAUCAUAAGCUUGUUUGGUAUGAUUGGAAUAAGACGAGUGUUAGGACUGUGAAAGUGAAGGGUGGUCCGAGGUCUUUUGGUGCAGCAAUGUGCGUGGGAAGCCUUGUUCCUCUUGAUGAUGGUGGUGAAAAUGAACAGAAGCUUAAAAAGGAGAAGAGAAAGACAAAUACAAAAAUGAGGGAUGAUUUCCUAUCAGUAGGAUUCAAACUGAAGUUAUAAUCAAUUCAGAAGGAUACACACCAGAGGAAAGGUGGUGGAAAGUCUGAACUUGCGAGUACCAUUAUCACAGCACAUGGUUGAUGCAGGAGAUCUCACAUCAUCAAUUGAAGUCAGAAAAUGGUAGAUCAAUAUCAAUACUUCUUACAAUGUACAUAAACUCAGUUAAAAGAAAUAUUUCUUUUUUCCUAAUACCUGCUUAGAUUUGGGCUUCUUGCUGUGGCAUAUUUUUGUCCGGUCAGCCAUCUUAUAAUUUUCCAAGAAACAAGUCUUAUUAUAGUUUAUUUAUUUGUUUAUUCUUUUGGGUGCUGGGUAGAUCGAUUAGUGGAGUCAUCAGUCACAUGAUUCAAGUGUCUCAGAUUAAUGAAAAUGGCAAUAGAAACACUGGAUUUUGCUUUGCGCAUAAUUAUUCAAGCUAUCUGUUGCAGUGUA